UUCUGGAACAGUAGAGAGUAAGCGGCGCUUUAUUUCCGACUUGGAGGUAGAUCUGGUGCGGAGACCUAGCAGCCAGUUCGCAAUGGCCGGAAGAGGGAAAGCUAUAGGGUCCGGAGCUUCAAAGAAGGCCACUUCAAGGAGCAGCAAGGCGGGGCUUCAGUUUCCCGUCGGUCGUAUAGCUCGUUUUCUCAAGGCUGGCAAGUACGCUGAGCGCGUCGGUGCUGGUGCUCCAGUCUACCUUGCAGCCGUUCUUGAAUACCUUGCAGCCGAGGUUCUGGAACUGGCCGGAAACGCUGCUAGGGAUAACAAGAAAACCAGGAUUGUUCCGAGACACAUCCAAUUAGCUGUGAGGAAUGACGAGGAGCUCUCAAAGUUGCUUGGCACAGUGACUAUCGCUAAUGGUGGCGUGAUGCCCAAUAUCCAUAACCUUCUCCUUCCAAAGAAGGCAGGCGGAUCAUCUAAGCCCGGUGCCGCAGAAGAGGAAUAGCGGAGCCAUAAUCCCUAUCAUUAUUCCUUGUUUUAAAAUUCUGACGUUGGUUUUGUACAUCGGUGAUGUAGUUUAUAUAGCGCAGCAACUCUGAUUGUUUUCUUUGUUACUUCUCUGUGGCUGUUCCGUUGUUUCCGUUAGUUUUAACAAUGCCAGCGAAUUGAUCGUGAAGGGUUCUGCUAAUGUGGAUUACAGUUUUAGUUGUUUCUGGCAGAAUUGUGCUGAAACUUAUUCAAAUUAAUGAUUUUAACU